UCGGCAGAAGGUUAACGCAGGCUAUAUAAUAGUCGCGAUGCAGGCGCGGGCGCACUCAGUAGUACGACGCGCGUUGUGACCGUGACUUUUGUUUUCAAAACACAAUGCGCUGCUUAAUUCUCCUUGCCAUCGUGGCUGCAGCGCACGCGCACCCUGCGCUCAUCUUUACCCAGGCGCUGCAGCCAAUCGGAGUUGAGUACGCCGAGAACGCUGGUCCACUUGUUCGCCCGCAUCCCGCCGUCGAACAAAACGCCGCCCGGGACGCUCAUCUACCGCGUGAACUUCUCAAGUCUCGAGACUUCUAUGACAAUCCAGCGAUUGCUGAAGCUUUGGCGAAAGAGUCGUGGUUCACCAACAAGGAGAUGCAGGUCGUUGAGAGGGAGGCUGAAAAGAUCCCUAGGGAGAGGAUCUAUAAAAUUGUGAAGAGCGCUGGCUUCUUAGAUCAGUAAAAGUUAUUUAUGAUCGUAAUUACAUCGCUCGGAAUGUUUGCGAUGUUAAUUAAGUACUUACUUCACAAGGUUUGAACUAUUGAACCUGACUCAAAUGUCGACUAAUGAGUUAUUGAAGGUAUCAACAUUAUGCCAUCGUGUUAAAAGUCUUUAUUACGUAGGUAAUUAUUUAAAAAUGUUUUUUUUUAGAAUACUUUUUACUAUUUAUUGUUUUUUGCAUAGUAUGUCUACCUAUGGAAUUAACAGUCAAAAGAGUCAAUACAUUUAGUUGUACUUUAAUGUGUGAAUGUCCUUUGUUUUUUGUAAAUAUUAUAUACUUAACUUAUAUAAUAUUAGUACUUAACUUAAUAAUGUUUACUACAACAAUAUUGUAUAUAAAUAAAAUUAGAAGAUAUAGAGUCAAUAGUGUACAACACUCAUACCAGUACUUAAGUAGUACCUACAAAAACUUGUUUACAUGCACGCAUAUAAUUUAAAUGUUUAUGUAACUAAUUUUAAUUUAGGAGUGUGAAGGUAAACAUGCCCUUAUGUUAUUUGUUUGUUAGUUUCAUCGUUGUAUAUAUUUAAAUAUUUAAUGCGAUUUUGAUUUAACUAGGUAUAUUGAUGGAUUGUUAGGUAGGUACUAAGUAUAUAAUUUAAACGCGUAUUACUUAUGCAGGUAUUGUGUAGAAGGAUUGGAUUAUAUUUUUGUAUGACUUAGUUACAUUGAAAACAAGUUACUGUUUUUCAUAUGUCACGAGAGUAGGUAUUAUUGUGGUUGUUGUUGGGUUGUAUGAAGGGCGGCUAGUAUCUACCUGUUGCCAUACAAAAAUACAAUUCUUCUUAUAAAUUGUAGAUUAAAAUAAAGAAAAGCUGUGAUCUCGAACAAUAAGUACGUAAACGUAAGUUAUUGCUCUUAAAUAAAAAUAAAACGAAUUAUUUGAUAAA